AAAAAAUAAAUAAAAAAUGUCUUGCAUAAUCUUAUUUUGGAUGUUGGUUUGGAAGAAUUUUCUAAAACAAAAAAACAAUAAGCUAGUGUUCUUUCUAGCAAUUACUUUGCCAGUAAUAUCCUCAUUACUGCUGUUAUAUAUUUGUUCUGCGAAAGAUCGAACUUUGAAGGACUACAAAAAAAAUGUGGAAGGGAAAGUUUUAGAAUUAAAUUGGAUUUCGCUUAUUGAUAAAAUAAACGCAAGACGACAGAAAAUUGUGAGCAAACAGGACAAUUUUACAUAUAAUGUAUUCAUACCGCAAAUAAGCGUGGCAUUUGCUCCCAAUUCGAAUGCUGCACUGCGAAAUCUGAUGGAUGAUGCCUUGGGGAAACUUUCCAUCGGCAAAGAUAAGAUUGUCGAGUUUCAAAAUUGCAAUGAUUUGCGGACACACGCUUCCUCUGAACAUUAUUUGGCAAGUGUGUGCUUCCGCCAAGUGGAUGAGUCAAAAAGAGGUUUGCCAUCGGUAUUGCAGUUUGUGAUAAUUAUGCCAUCAGAACUUCGUGCUUAUGAGAAAUCUUGGAUCGGUGAUUGUUGGAAGGAAACCGAUUUAUUUGUCGAUCAUGAUAGCUCCGAAAAUACCGAAAUGGACGAGGAUAGCAAUACGGAUUAUAUAAAAGAGGGUUUUGUGGCUCUUCAGUAUCAUAUCAGUGUUCAAUACCUGCUGUCGGCUACCAAUUUGGAAAAUUUCCCAAAUAUCGUUAUGCGUCGAUUUAAUGAAAACUUUAAUUUUCUACUUUCCAAUGGCGUAGAUAUAUCAGCCAUAUUACUGAUUCAACUGGGUUUUAUGUUUCCCGUGACUUUGCUAGUUAAGCUUAUUGUGGAGGAAAGGGAAUUGGGACAACGUUACAUGUUGAAGGCUAAUGAUGUAAGCGUAACAUUGCAGACUUCGGCCUGGUUUUUCAACGUCUUGUGUAAUUUCCUGGUCACCUCAACUCUUAUUACUUGCUUGCUAAAGAUUGCAUGGAAUGGAACGUCAUCAGCUUUGGAUAAAUGCCCCUGGCUUGUUUUGUUCUUAUUCCUGUGCUCAUAUGGACUAUCAGUGACAAGUUUUGUAAUUUUUCUGGCAUCUUGCUUUCGGAACUCAAAGGUAGCUAUUGUUAUGGUACCAAUUAUAUGGGUUCUACUGUCCCUGCCAUUUUUGUCCGAUAAUGAUCUAAUAUCCGAUGUAUUUUAUGGCAUAGCCACCGUAAUCCUUUGCAAUGUAGCACUAAGUCGGGGUUUAAAGAAAAUGAUGUAUAUCGAGGAUUAUCCACUUAAAGUGUCAACUGGAAAGUAUUUAAUGUACAAAAUUAUGGACUAUGAUUUUGGUCUAAUUGUACCCAUUGCCUGUUUCUAUGCACAAGUAUUACUUUUCAUUAUAUUCACCUUAGCCUUGGAAAAUCAUGCAUUCGUUUGGCUUGCAGGUGUUCUAAAGAAAAAGUCUAAAAGAUCAACAGGUAUUCCGCUAGCUCAUAAUGAGCUGUCAUUGGCUAGAGAACAAGGAAUUAGUUCUGAAGAUCAUAUAACUAAUAUACCGAUAGAGUUUCGUAACGUAUGGAAAAAGUUUUCCAAAAAGUUUGUGGUCCAAGACUUUAACUUAAGUGUAUACUCCGGAGAAAUCGUAGCACUUUUGGGUCAUAACUCGUCUGGUAAAAACACAAUUGUAAAGAUGGCAUACGGACUGAUAAAGCCAUCCAUUGGAGAUAUAUACCUAUCUGGUUUCAAUAUAGUUAGCCAUAAACGACAAGCCUUUAAAAAUUCUGGGAUUUCUGUGUCAUGUGAACCACUAUUUUCGGAAUAUAUAGUCUUCGAUCAUUUGCUAUUUUUCUGUCGAUUGCGUGGUCUUAAAAAAACUGAAGCCAAAGAAGAAGUCAGAUCUUAUCUACGCUAUUUGAAAAUAGAAAAGAUAGAGAAGACCCAAGUGAAGAAUCUAACGAUUGGACAGAAACGUGUCUUGCAAGUGCUGUGUGCAUUCGUUGGAAAAACGAAGAUUAUAAUUCUCGACAAGCCUUUCGACAAUAUCGAUGAGGCCAAGGCACGAUUGUUAUUUAACUUUGUACAGGAGCAAAAGAAAAAUAGAUCUAUUUUGUUCACCACCAAUAGUCCAAAAGUAGCCAGUGGCCUUGCCGAUCGUAUUGCCAUAAUUUCAAAAGGCAAUCUAUUAUCAUAUGCAACUGAGAAAAGGUUUUGCCAUACCUUAAAUGAUGCCUAUCGUUUGACUCUAUAUGGCAACGAAAAUUGCGAUUUCCAGGAGGUGCAAAUCUUUUUGUCAAAUUUCAUAGCUGACAUUAAGAUGGACUCAAGCUUGGGUGAUUCUGCAGUUUAUCUUAUAAAGUAUCAAAACCAAAAUGAAUUGAUUGAUUUACUUGAGAACUUGACAACAUAUAAAGAGGACUUGAAUGUGGAUACUUUUCAACUUCAAGAAUGCAGCCUCGAUGACAUUCUAUACAACUUGUUAACUCGUGAGCAAUCCAGCUUGGAAUUUGGUGACCCAGUAUCACAGAUACCUCCCAUACACAAAGAACCUAAGGAGAGAUAUAAGAUACUAAUCUUGCAUUUUUAUCAAGUUCUUCGCCAGCGUAUGAUGACUGACAUUCGAAAGAGAUUCUUACCACUUCUAAAACUUCUUUUGCCCACCUUUGUGGUCAUCUGGACACUGUGUAUGCCAUAUUUUUGGGACAAUGGCAGAGAACCAUACUCUAUUGAAUUUCCCAUUUCUGAUCAUGACAAUGGCAUUUUUCUAAUGCAAAAAGAUUUGUCGGAUAAAGACCUAUUGGAAGCAAGCAAGGAAUAUGUUAAAAUUGGAGCUACAGAAGUAAAUCCGAAUAUUGGUCUUACGAAAUACAUCCAAAAUUAUAAAUAUGAGAAUAACUUGUUAACAGAUGUGGACUUUCUGGGCGCAGUUGUUUUUAAAGACGGCAAUAUCGAAGUUCUCUUCAACAACAAAUGGCCACACACAGCACCGGAUAGCUUGGCCUUGGUCAUGAACUCCUUGGCAAUUGGCUUGUUGGGUUCUGAUGCUGGUAUAAAGGUGGAAUUUGAACCUUUGCUCUUCUCCUCAGUCCAUUCUUUACAAUUGAAUCUGAGCAUCGAUGGCAUUGACUUGAUAUUGGCCAGUUGCCUGACCUUUAGCUUCUGUUUUAUCUGGAGUAUUCCCAUUCUAUAUAUGACCCUUAAUCAAAACGGUCGCUAUAACUAUAUUGAACUGAUUGCUGGUAUGCGAAUGAGCAUUAUGAUUUUGGCCUUUGUAGUAUACGAUAUAGUGUUUGUCUUCUGCGCCCUUUUACCGGUUAACUUGGCUGUGAUAUUCCUUCAGUGGGAUGUACUAAUGGACACUGAUAUUUUCAUGUUUGUUGCCCAUGUCCUGGCGGUUGUUGCAAUUUGUGUACUUAGCAGUAAUAUCCUAAUAUCCAUCUGCAUAUCGGACAUUCAUAAUGCUUACCUCAAGGUGAUCACUUUCUACUCAUUCGGCAUUGCAGCCUACAUUGCAGUGAAUGAAUUACAUCCCCUUGCCGAUCCGAAUACGAUAUUCUUUCUUUUCCUCGACUUUCAUCCGUAUUAUGCCUUAUUGCAUAAUCUAAUGCGAAUAGCCAGUAUAUCGGAGAUGUUGUGGCUCUGCAGUGAUUUGCAAAUUUAUGAGACCAGUGUCUAUGCGGAGCAGUGCCAGAGAAUUCCCAAUUGUUGUGAUAUCAAUGCCCAAAGGUUCUUUUACUUUCGGUACUUAUGUUGCGUUUAUCUUUUAACAAUCGUAGUAUGGAUUUCAAUUUUCAUCUGCCUGAAAUCGCAUUUGGUAAGGCAGAGGCCACGUCAAGUGAAAUAUUUCUGGGACAGUGAUCCAGAUAAUCAAUAUGAUCAGAAUAUUUUACAUAUAGCACAGCCCAAUGAGCUUGAAAAUACGUGGAUAUAUGAGAAGUCAAGGGUUAGCACGUUAGAACGAAAUUAUAUAGAGAGCAAAGUUUUGCAUGUAAAGCACGUGAGUGUUUUCUUUGGCUUAAGGCCGGUUUUGAAGCAUAUUGAUUUUAUGAUCAAUCGCUAUCAAGUUUUAAGCGUUUUUGGAGCAAAUGGAUCUGGAAAAACGGUUCUGAUGAAGACCAUUCUAGGAGUUUACAAUCCCAGUUUGGGAAAGAUAAUAAGUUCGAAUAAGGUCCCCUUCAAAUCGGAGAACUUGGAAGUCUGCAAUUUAAUUGGUUAUAGUGGUCAAGAUGUUCGAUUUUCACAAUCGUUAACGAUAUUGGAGACCUUUUAUCUGCUAUUACGUAUACGGAUGUCGAAUACAAAAAAAUUAAAGGAAGAUGCUAAUUAUUUGUGUAAACUAUUUGGUUUAUAUAGCUAUCGAUUUCAGUUGCUUUCAACCUGCAGUCGAGGAAUAUUGAAGAGACUAAGCGUUGGCAUAGCUCUGAUGAGUGAUGCUGAUCUGAUCCUUUUGGAUGACCCCUUUACCCAUCUGGACAUAAUCUCCCAGCGCAAUAUACUUCGUUUAAUCCAUGAUGUGCGCAGUCAUGGACAAUCGGUGAUCUACACUUGCACCGACACCGAGUUCUCAGCCUCGGCACUGCGAAUGGUCGCUCUAAGCCCGCCGCGAAUCGGAGCAAUUGGAGAGCGGCAAGAAAUCCAGCAGAACUAUUACACAUCUUAUUAUGUUGUCGAAACUAGAAUCUAUAUGCCUGAAUUAUCUAGUGCCAUUGAUUUGGAUUCUUCAUCGACGGAAGAUAAGGAUCAGGAAAGUGGUUUGAAAUUAGAAGAACUAUUUAUAUUCAGGCAGCAUGAGUACUCUAAGGUACGCAAUAAUAAUAUGGACAGAUGGAAAUAUCUAAAACUAUGUGGUCUCAUUGAGAAAAUAUUUCCCCAUGCUAUUAUCAAAACUGUAAGCUUUCCCAAGGUCUGUUUUUGGCUGUCCAGUCAUAUGUAUUCCAUGGCGCAAAUUGUUAAGACUCUUCAUCUGAACAAGAAAAAUUUUUAUUCAUAUUCCAUUUCUCAGCCAUCAGUAAGUUCCCUUUUCCUUUACAUCAGGCCACCAAAAACCACUAAGGAGUCAUUUCUUUAUUGAACGUUUCUUAAAUUAUUAUUAAAUUAAUUUGUAACGCAAUAAAUGUAUUAAUACAAUUUUGUUAAA